AUGGAGGGCGACGGCGCGGAGGCCGUCGAAGGCGCCCCGGUGCUCGUGCUCGACGGCUACGGCUCCGAGGAGGAGGCGGUGGCCGCCGCCGAGGCCGCGGAGGCUCUCGAUGCCGCCGGCGGAGAUGAGGCGACGGCCGCGGCGGACGAGGAAGUGGACGACGCCGACCUGAUGAGCGGCCUCGGGGCGAUGCUGGGCGGCUACGGCAGCGGCGAGGAGGAGGAGGCCGAGGGACAGGCCGCCGACGGUGCCGCCACGGAGGAGGGUCCGGGCGCGGAGGGCGGCGCCGCCGAGGUGGCAGCCCCGCCGGAGGAGGCCGAAGAGGACCAGCCGGCCGAGCCCACGCAAAAGGACGAGGAGGAGGCGGACGACGACUACGACCCGUUCGCUGGCGGCGCCGCGGAGGAGGAGCCGGAGGAGGAUGGAGACGGUCUGGAGACUGGGACGACAGUCACCAUUACAGGACUGGCGUCUGCCGCCGGGCAGAAGUUCAAUGGCUGCAGGGGGGUCCUCGGGCCCUUCGACGCCGCCAGCGGCCGCUGGCAGGUGAGGCUGUCGGACGGCGCGGGCAUCAAGGCGCUGAAGCCCGAGAACCUCGUCCCAGACAAGCCCGAGGCGGCGGAGCUGCCGGAGGAGGAGUGCGACAAGUCGGACGAGGACGACGAUGAGUACGAGCCAUUCGGCGACGUCGACGCGGAGGUGCCUGACUCCGUCUGGGAGGAGGAGGAGGGCGAGGACGCGUACGCCACGUGGGACAGCAAUGAGAUCGCGGCCGCCGUGGUCCAGGCCGAGAUCAUGGGCGACACGGAGAAGGCGGCCCGGUUGGGCGCCGUGCUGCGGCAGAGGCGGAAAGAGAAGUGCGGCGACGCGGUCGACGAGGGUGACAUCGUGGAGGAGGUGGUGGAGGUGCCGGACGAGGCCGUGGGCUUCGUGAUCGGCCGCGGGGGGGAGAACAUCCAGCGGCUCUCGUCCGAGUCUGGAGCGCGUCUCACCCUUGGCCGGGGCAGGGCCGGGGAGGACACGAAGGCGCGCAGGUGCGUGGUGCGGGGCUCGGCCAAGCAGGUCGCAGCGGCGCGCAAGCUCUUGCAGGAGGCCAUCGCCCAGGGCGCCGCUAUCGCGGAGAGCAAGGGCAAGGGCAAGGGCAAGGGCAAAGGCAAGGAGCUCUUCGGCAAGGGCGCCGGUGGGCAGGCGGGCGUGUGCAAGUGGUACGCCGCGGGCUUCUGCAGGAACAGGACUGGCCCCGAUGGCAUGUGCCGCAACGGGCUCCACUGCUCGGAGGCAGCCAGGAAGGCCGAGGAGGACUGGAUCGCCGCGGGCGGGCCGCAGGCCACGCCGGGCCCGCCCGCGGCCAAGGACCCGCCCCUGUUGCUGCUGCUGGACCUCGAGGGCGGCGGCAACAAGGACUGUGCCGCUUCGGGUCCCGCUGAGGGUGCCGGUGCUGUCGAUGUGCGCCAAGACCGGGCGGGAGUUCGGGCGCUUCCACCGCUUCGCGCGGCCCGGCUACUGGGACCGCGAGUUCCGCUCCAUGAGGCGGCGGUUCCCAGCGGAGUGCUUCAACGACGGCUCGAGCGCGGUGCCCUUCCCGGAGGUUAUCCGCGACCUGCUGUCGUGGGUGCGCGCCCUUCAAGGAUUGAAAGAGUCGGAGGAGCUGAGGCCCGAUUCGUUCCUGUUUGUGACGUGCGGGAACUGGGACGUGAAGACUGCCAUCCCUCGGCAAUGCAGCCAUCCCAUGCCAGGCAUGGUGGACUUCGCGGUCCAGAAGCUCCUGUUCUCGCGCUGGAGCAACCUGAAGGAGGUUUUCCGAGACCACUUCCAGCUGAGCCAGGCCUCGGCGCCGACGGGCAUGCGCGGCAUGCUCAAUCGGCUCAGGAUUCCCCUUUAUGGGCAGCAUCACCUUGGGAUGGACGACGUGAGCAACCUGUCCAAGAUCUUGAAACAUCUGAUCAAGGACGGGUGCAACGUCCAGCCGACGGGCCGGGCGACCAAUUUGAAGCCGCCUCCGAAGGGGAUGCCCAAGGGCAAAGGCUUCGGCAAGGAUGUCGGCAAGGAUUUCGGCAAGGCCUUCGGCAAGGGCCCCGCUCCGGUCAUGCAGCCCCCCCCGUCCUUCGGCGGUUGCGGUGGCCCUGGUCUCAAAGGAGGC